AUGGUAGCUUAAGCCUUUGAUUUUGGGGAUUAUGAGUGGAAAGGAACUAAGGCCUUUAGAUAUGGAAAAAGCUUUGCAUAUUUUCCAUAUUUUCCAUCUUUUCCUAAAAAUUGUAAUAACAUUUUAAUAUUAAAAAUAAUAGAAAAUGGGAAUUACUAGUCAUAAAAGCACCAACGUUAAAUAAUCCAUAAGGUAAAGAUUAUACAUCUUAAGAAUUUAAGUUGUUCAAAAGAAUCAUACCAAAGAAAUGGCAUAACUUAAUCAGAAAAUAUUUUGAGUAAAUAAAUUCCUUAUUUUGAAAAUAUAGAAUAAGUAGAGCAUCCUUAAUAGUAUGGAUUAUUUUUAGAGAAUAUAAAUAUAGAAACCAAAUAGUAGGUCAAAUUGAAAAUAAUGCUAUAUUCAAUGGAUAAGGAGGGUACACUUAAUAAGGAAAAAAAUAAGGUCAAUGGAAGGAAAAAAUUCAUAAUUUUUUUAUGUGAAUUAAUUAACAUAAAAUAAUUAGGUAAGGCAAAACGUUUAAAGUUGGAGAGUAUGGAGAUGACAAAAGGUACGGAAAGUGGAAAUAUUAUAUAAACUAUUACGAGAUGUAUUAAUAAAAUGAUGAUAUCAAAUUAGUGGUGGAGGUUAUUAUAAUUAUCAGGGAAUAAAAAUUGGUAAAUGGGUAGAAUUAAGUACAUUGCUUCUUCCAAAUUCUAUUCUUAUUUCUAAUGGCCAUUACAAAGAAGGCAAAAAAAUUGGAUUAUGGGAAUUUAGCUUUAAAAAUAAGGAAAUGAAAUACUUUAAAUCAAUGUAUUAAUUUUAGCACAACUGAAAAUUAGUGGUUGUGG